UACAGCGGGAACUGACAUACACCCUAGCAAUACCACGUAUAAAUCGGGUCCCUCAAUCAAUAUGCCAAAUCUGAACGGUUUUUACGCACGGACAACUUGCGCAUGCACCUGGGUGGACGGGGAGGAGAGAGGGGUUCCUCGUUUCUGGGCUGCGCGCGCCUUCCUCACCCGCGGUGGGCAACUCCAAAGCUCUGGCAACCCCCCAUUUUCCACCCCCCAUCCAUUUCCCCUCUCUACGCCCGUUCCCCCGAAGAACCCGGCGUUACGUCAGAAAGUGCAAGACAGACAAGGCGUGAGGAGCUAUUCGUAGACGUUGCUGCCAAACGCGGCUCGGCGCUGCUCACGAGCGCACUGCGGCCAAUGCAACAUACAAACACGAGCCUUUCAAAGCGGCGGCAGUAUGCGCUUUCUUCACGUGACAGGUCACAGUUGCUGGCACAAUUACGCGCAACACAGUGCAGAAGAGUAAACGGGGUACAGAUAAGGAGUAGACUGGUUUACGGGUUUGGAGGAGGGGAAAAAAACAUGAUGACAUGAUGAUGCAACAGAGAAUUUUGACACACGGAUGUUUUUGCGGUUUUUAACGUUGAUUCUUUGCUGAUCUGAAGAAGAAGAAAAAAAAAAAAGGACACAAUAUGCCCCACGCUCGAAAUAGGAACCCCAGUCCCAUCCCGGAGGUGACAUGGGACACGGGACUGAAGGAGAUGAACGAGACGUGGAAAGGGGCGAUAGCUUGUCUGGGGGUGGCUGUCUUCUUUGUAAUGACCAUCGGGAUAAUUUACUGGCAAGUGGUGGACCAGCCCAACAAGAACUGGAUCAUCAGGGGGACUUUCAGCGGACUGAUCUGGGAGAGGAGAACCCAUUCGCUGGUCAUACAGACUCUGACGGAGGACAGGACCUAUGUGGAGGUAGACGUCGGGAACGUGGGGAACCCCGACAUCGAGGUUCCCUUCGUGAGGAACCUGUGCUGGCUCAAUAAGACCGAGUUCUGCUACACCUGGGACUCGGUGGCGGAGGUGAAGAUCUCGCUGGAGGUGAACGAGGAUGCAGAGACGGAGUGCUACAGCAUGGCCUGGACGCCGGUGCACUGUCAUGUGGAGCUGAAGGACUGCUUCUCCAUGGCCAAUGUGUCCUGGUACGGUGGCGCAAGUGUCCAGGGUCAGACCUGGCCCAUUAAUGAUCAGAACAUCACAAUGCAGCCCUACAGUGUCAGCGAUCUGAAGGACACGCCCUCCGGAUACGGCUCUCCCCUGGAACGCUACUUCCUGGGUUCAUCGGGAGUCACGGUGCUUGUGUCCCCUGAUAUCCCCGUGCAGCUCGGGGUGGAAAGCAGACAGCAGUUCUGCUUGAAGUCGGUGCCUAGUAUGGAGCGCCUUCCUCUCCAGUACACUGUGUGUGUGGCCCACAAUGUUAAAGCUGCUCACCAGGAAGCCAUGCAGCAGCUCUCCGAGCUCAGCAGGGAGCUGCCAAACAUGAAAACGUUGUGGCUGCCGUUCUGGAAGUUCCUCACCAACGUGGAUACGGGGCCGAAAGUGGAGAGGGAACUGAGGACCUUCUCCAAUCGUCUGAGGAGACACCAGCUGGGGGAGGGAGUCAUCAGCCUUAAUGAACAUUCCACCACCCUCCUUUCAGAAAUGGACCAUGACUACCUCAACAGCAGGAAAAGGGGGAUGUCCAAGAGACUGACCAGGGACCUCCCACUUGUCAAGCUUCUUAACAUUUCCAUCACCCUGUCCCCUUUCCUGGGCGUGGACACCACGCAGUUCCACACCUCCCUCACUGACGGCAGAGAGGACUACUGGCUCAGUCUGCCUUCAGCCACUCAGGGGAAGCUGAUCCCCGUGAUGAGCCAGUGGCGAGGGAAGUUCUGUGUAAAGCUGAAUCUCACUAACCCAGCCGCCGUGAGCUGGUUCCUGGAUAGGGUGGAGACCCUGCAGGCCCAUUUAGGGAUGGAGCACAUUGUGCUGGAGGGGGGCGAGGGGAAUCUGUUCGAGGAGCAGGCCCUGCGGCCACCGCUGGCUCUGAGUGGCGACAAAUACGUCGAGCUUCUGGCUGACCUGGCCACCAGCCUGGGAGACUCCACCAUCAUGACCGCAGGAACCAGGUCAAGCUACAAGCCUCUCUUCUUGAAGAUGACGCCCCUGCUGUCUGACUGGAGUCCAAUGGGUUUGAGGGCAAUCAUUCCCUCCUUGUUGCACCACGCUUUGGUGGGAUACAACUUCCUCAUUCCCGAUGCAGUAGGAGGCUCUCUGUCUGGAGACCUGGUCAUAGAUAAGGAGCUGUUCAUACGGUGGCUGGAGAUAGCAGCCUUUCUUCCCGUCAUCAGCUUCCAUACACCACCCUGGAUCUUCGGCGAGGACCAGGUGUUGAACCUGACCCAGAUUUACAUCACAAGGCAUCAGAGGGAUGUGGUCCCACUCAUAGAGAAGUACGCGGAGGAGUGGCAGACGACGGGAAACCCCAUCUACCGACCCAUAUGGUGGCUCAGUCCCAGCGAUCCCAUGACCUUCACCACCGAUGACCAGUUUCUCAUCGGAGACGAGGUCCUGGUGGCACCAGUGGUGGAGAAGGGGGUGGUCCAGAGGGAUAUUUAUUUACCAGAUGGGGGCUUCCAGUGGCAAGACAGCCAGAGUGAGCAGGUGUUUGACGGCGGGACGUUUCUGCAGGACUACCCUGUCCCUCUGGAGGAGGUGGCUGUUUUCUUGCGGAGAAGCUGAGUCCCGACUAAUCCUCUUAGUCGCCCCAACCUAUUACUGUUUUUAAUCAAAUUCUUAAAAAAAAUAUAUAUUUUUCUGAAAGUGUUCUGAUCUCAACUUGCACUUUUCCACUAAAGACCAUUGGCGUUGUCUCAAGGUCUGACUUGAGAUAAUAUGUAGAAAGACUUUUUUUUUUUUAUACUUGCACUUUAAAGUUUGAAAUUGUUGCAUUUUUCACUUUUGUGACAGUUUUUUUUUCAUCCUUUUUAUUGUUAAUCAGUGUUACCUCCUGGCUGAUUUUUCUGGCUUUUUUAUUAUUAUUAUUAUUAUUAUUAUUCAAUCAUCUUUCUUCUGUGUAUAGUUCCUGAGAGAUCCGUGUGUUUACAUACUGCCUUUCAACAGUCUUUAAAUUUCUAGUCGCUGCUGGUUCUCUUCAUAAAGAGGAACAAAGCAUUGUUGGCUCAAAAGAAUCUCUCAAGAAGACCAAAAUGAAGAAACGGAAAAAUACAAGAAGACUUUUGGAAGAGCUGUUUUCAAGGGAACUGCUUAGUAGAAGGAAAUUGGGUCACACACACACACACACAAAAAAAGCUACAACAUUGGGACAUUAGCACUGUGGUAUUGAAGGACUUGCUCAGUCAUUGGAAAAUGUGCUUUUACUUGAACCUAAAGAGCAGAGGGGCUGAUGCUUUAUGAAUGUACCUCAGAUUAUUGAUGCUUACCGCUUUGUGAAGUUGUUACACGCAACAGUCCAUCACCAACUAGCAUAUUUUCAGUGAAUAGUUUAGUUAGGUUAAUACAACACAGUUGGACAUCCUUAGUACUGUAUUCCCAUAAACUUGAGGCCAAGCCACUGUUGUUUUAACUGUGCCUAUGUCUGCAUUUAGCUCAGAUUUUAUCUUCUUAUUAACUUACUGUAUCGGGAGAUUCCUCUUUUGACGGCCUGACACAUGUUACCAAUAAAUGCUCUUUUAUGAGAGCCAAUCGAAGGGUUAGAACUAAAGCAUCGGAAAGGACACCUACCACAUGAAUAGGAAACAUUUGGGGAAACAUGCUUAUUUGGUUAGUUUUUGCAAACUGAAGCAGAUAUUAAAAGUUCAAAUGGCAGGUUUUUGGCACAGAUCAUUAAUCUUCAUUUAUUUUCCUACAUUUAAUGUGACAUUUAGUCUGUAAAAUUAAACUGAACAGCCAAACAAAUCUGCAGUAGCCGGUUUGUACAAGAAUCCAUAACCUUAAAUGAAUACUUAAGCCACUUUGUUGUUUAAUUUCAGAAUUCAGUUUUAAAGGGGAACCCACCUGCCUUUUAUCAUACAGAGAUUGCUUCAUCUUUGCUCAUUUGCAUCCUUUAGCUAAAGGGUUAGGGUAAGGAUAUGGUAUGUAACAUUACGUCGUAAAGACUGUCAUCAGGACCGGGUGAGAAUAUGGGACAAUAGUUGACGUUACGUUACUAAAUCCUAAAUGUCAUAAAAAGAGGAGACAGAAAGCAGCAGAGAUGGGUAAUCCAGGUUCAGUAAACAAAACGCCUGUACAGAGAUUAGUUCCAACCAUUUGCCUUUUCAGCUCCACAGCAGAGACGGGGACUAAUGUUUAAACCAGAGGAGGAUAAAGUUAAUAAUAUAGUAUUUUAUGUAUGAACUAUUACAAAAAAAUGAGGAAUAUUGAGCAUCUUGUAAAGUUAUACUUUGGUAAUGGUUUCACAAAUAAGGGGAUGCUUAAUCUUUUUAGCACAUCAACAACAAAUCAUGUCCCGACCCCCACUUUGGAAACCGCUGGUUCAGACAGCUGAAUUUAAGGAAAACUUUUAUUUUUCAGCAACAAAGUGAGUCCAAGAAUCCAUAGAAAUAUAGAUAAAGAAUGACCAUACCUUCCCAGAGCUCAGAAAUCUGAAAUACCUGAUCUAAAUCUGAAAUCAGUUGUUUGGUCACCUGACCAAAGGACAUCCUCACAAUCUGACAGAUUUAAGGAUAAUUUGCAAGGCAGAGUAGCAUGCUGUUAUAAAGCUACAAAUGAAAACCGAAUGCUAAAAUUGAAAUGUAAGGUGUUAUGACAAAGUGUUCAUUUAUGGGUGUAGAUGCUUAUGCAACCAAGUUAUUACACUAUUUUUCUCUUCUAGCAAAUUGGUAUUUGUUUCAGUUGAAUUACAUUACACAAAAAGUGUUGAAAUUAUCUGUCGUCUCUCUUUUUUUUUUUUUACAUAUUUGAAAACUUGCUUUUUACCUUUGUUGUGGACAUUGUAUGUAGAUGUCCAUAUUAGAGCUACAAACAAGAAUGAACUAAUGCAUACAACUGGCGGUGAAUUAAGAACGUGUCAUUUUUUGCAAGAACUAAACCAAUAUUUUGUUGUUAAAUCCUUGGAAAUUGGUUGAUAGGAUGCUUAACAAAAAAAAAAAAAAGUAGCCUCUGUGUUUUUUGUCCCGGUACGUACCUUGACCUGUCAGGUCCUUUAGACAGUCUGCAUUCACAUCCGUUAACUUCUGUAGUGUGCUAGCUUGUUAAUAAUCUGAAUUAAUGCUCUCAUAAGAUUUAUGAUGAGAUUGUAGAUCUGCCCCCUCCAAACAAAGAAGAAAUCACUGUAUAUUUUUAUAUUGUUUCUGUAGAUGGUGAUCUAUGGUAAAGGUUUUUUUUUCUUAACUGAUUUUUCUCUCUGCAAAACAAUCUUAACUAGCCAGCAGUGACAUUACAGACCUUGUGUCUCCACAUAAACUAGCCGAACAGAUACCAAUGCUGUAUCAGCUAACACACUCAGGUCGAACAAAGUUUAUCAGUUCACCAAAUGUCUUAGUGCAGCGUAGCAUGUUGUGAUCACACUGAUGUCUUAAUCUCUCAAAGAGCAGAAUGUACAAUGUGCACACAGGGAUUUUUCCACAGCCCUUCUGGUGAGCGGUUCUUCUGGUUCCUAGGAGAAUAUGUUAAACGAAUGUUUUUGCUCUUUUUUCAAACAUAAAUGUUGAAGGAAAAGCUUUUACGCUUUAUUCCUUUCGUCUACGAAUGGAGCAAGCCGGAUGCCUUAUUAAUGUGCUGACGUUAAAUUCACACUAAGACGUGUUUCUGGAUUAUUGCAGCAUCAGCAAUGAGAGUACAAUGACUGUGCCAUUACAUGUGUUUUUUUUUUUCCUCUCUCUUUUUUUUCUUUAAAUUGGAGAUUGUAGAAUGAUGCAAUAAAGUUUACAUUUUCUUA